GGUACGUAAAGCAACUGUCGACGAUUCGAUUUAGCUAUUGUGGAAACAACCUGAAGGACAUUUUAUUUGUUGUUUUGAUCUGGUUGAGCUUCCCCACCUUGGGAAGGUGUAUGUCAACAAUUAUUUUAUUAAAAAAUAUUAUUAGCACCAAUAUUGUUUGAAUACAAAACUCAAUUAGUACAAUGACAACUGAAAGAGAUUAUGCACCAUUGAGUGCAGCUUGUGUUCGAUCUCUUAGUGACAAAUUAUAUGAAAAAAGAAAAGCUGCAGCUUUGGAGAUAGAAAAGAUGGUAAAAGAAUUUUCUGCUCAUAAUAAUACUUCACAAAUAAAACGUCUGUUGAAAGUAUUAGGUCAAGAUUUUGCAACUUCUCAAAAUCCUCACAGUCGAAAAGGAGGAUUAAUUGGACUUGCAGCUAUGGCCGUUGGUCUUGGUAAAGAUACCGGUCAAUAUACAGAAGAUCUAAUACAUCCAAUUCUUGCGUGUUUUUGUGAUCCUGACCUCAGAGUACGAUAUUAUGCUUGCGAAAGUCUUUAUAAUGUUGUUAAAGUUGCAAGGGGAGCUGUUUUACCACAAUUCACAGAUAUUUUUGCUGCACUUAGCAAAUUGGCAUGUGAUUCUGAGCAAACUAUUAAGAAUGCCACUGAACUUUUAGACAGAUUAAUGAAGGAUAUUGUAACUGAAAGUGGAAUGUUUGAUUUAGUUGGAUUUAUGCCAUCGUUGCGUGAACGUAUUUAUACUAAAAGUUCUUUUGGUAGACAAUUUGUGAUUUCUUGGGUAUCAGUUUUGGAUGCAGUACCUGAAAUAGAUUUUAUUAUUUUUUUGCCAGAAAUUCUUGAUGGUUUAUUUAAAAUACUUGAAGAUCCAGCUCCUGAAAUAAAAAAAAUUACUGAUACGGUUCUUGGUGAAUUUUUACGUUCAAUCAAAUCCAACUCAUCUAGAGUAGAUUUUUCUGGCAUGGUAAAUAUCCUCAUUACUCAUGCUCAAAGUACUGAUGAUCUUUUACAAUUAACAGCAAUAACGUGGAUAAAAGAAUUUGUAAAUUUAUCUGGUCCUCUUAUGUUGCCUCAUGUUUCUGGAAUAUUAACAGCAGUUUUGCCAUGUUUAGCCUACGAUGUUGAUACUAGAAAAAACAUUAAAGAAACAGCAACGCAAGUUAACAUCAGUCUUAUGAAAUUAAUAACUAUAGAAACGAUUGAUGUAUCAAAUAAAACAUCACAUUUAAGUGAGCAUCAAACUGUAAAAGAUGAAAAAAAUAUUUCAGGUGAUAAAACUCAAAAUCGUUUAUUAAUUGAUACUUUAAAUCUUUCGAGUGUCGUGGAAGUUCUUACCAAACAUCUUAUGCACACAUCAGUUCAAACAAAAGUGGCUGUAUUAAAAUGGAUACAUCAUUUAUUUACAAAUAUUUCAGAUAAAAUGUUUCAUCAUUUAGAUGAUUUGUUUCCUGUUUUAAUGCGUACCUUAAGUGAUAGUUCAGACGAAGUAGUGCAACAAAAUUUAGUUGUUUUGGCUGAAAUAAUUGGUUCAAAAUAUCCUGAAUCAACAACUGGAAAAUCAUAUUCAGCUGUGCAAAAUAAAUAUUUUCCGAAAUUUAUUAUUAAUUUAUUAAGAUUAUUUUCAACUGAUAGACAUCUUUUAGAAGAAAGGGGUGCUUUUAUAAUAAGAGAAUUAUGUGUAUUAUUGAGUGCAGAAAAUAUAUAUAAAACUAUAGCAGAAAUUUUAUUGGAAGAACAAAAUUUAAGGUUUGCUGGUCUAAUGAUUCAAACGUUAAAUGUCAUUCUUUUAACAAGCUCAGAAUUAUUUGAAUUACGAAACAAAUUAAAGGAUUUAAAUUCAGAAGAAAGUUGCAACUUAUUCAUCUGCCUUUAUGAAUCUUGGAGUCACAAUCCAGUAGCAACUGUAUCUCUUUGCCUUUUAACACAGAAUUACAAUCAUGCUUGUGAGCUUGUUAAAGCAUUUGGAAACAUUGAAGUAACUGUCGAAUUUUUAACGGAAAUUGAUAAAUUAGUACAACUUAUCGAAUCCCCAAUAUUCACAUAUGUUCGAUUAGAGUUAUUGGAAAGAGAAAGAAAUGAAUCCUUGGUGCAUGCAUUGUAUGGACUUUUAAUGAUACUUCCGCAAAGUGAAGCAUUUGACACAUUGCAUCGACGAUUAACAGCAAUCCCUCCCAGUUUCAAUCCUGUAUCUAGGACAAAAAAUGUUUUACGAGAAGAAGAUUUUAUUAAACACAAUAUUGAUUUUAAGAGAUUAUUAAAUCACUUCAUUGGAGUUCAAGAAAGGCAUAAGGAACAAAAGCACAAGUUAAAAAUUAAUAUGCUGACUGACAGAGAAUCAACUUUUACAGACAUUUUAUAAUAAUUCAAAUAGAUAACAUAAUGGUGGUGCUUAGUAAUUUUUUGGCUCCAGAGGAGGGAGUGCGACAUGAAGAGGAGCACACAACUUUAUACAUUAAUGACAGAGAAGUUGGAAAGGGAACGCUUUACAUAACUGAAA